AUUCACUACUAGUGGAUUAAUAAUUUAUCAAUAACUUCCUUUUAUAAUAUGUUCAAAGAAGCUCAAAAUUUAAUAGAAGCUCCAUCAAGAAAAAUUCGAAUAACUUUAGUUAGUAAAGAUGUAAAAAAAAUAGAAAAAGCUUGUAAGGAACUAAUAGAACGCGCAAAAUCCAAGGGUGUUUUUACACGUGGGCCAUGUAGAAUUCCUACAAAAAGACUGAGAAUUACAACGCGUAAAACACCAUGUGGUGAGGGAUCUAAAACAUGGGAUAGAUUUCAAUUAAGAAUAUAUAAAAGAGUUAUCGAUUUAUACAGUCCAGCUGAAAUAGUUAAUCAAAUAACAUCUGUUCAAAUUGAUCCUGGAGUUGAUAUAUCGGCAACUUUAGAAGAUAAUGCUUAAAAUGUGUUAUAUAUUUUUUAUCUUGAUAUUUAUAUUCUUUAUUAUAUAUCAAUAAAUAUUUUAAUAUAUUUUC